CGAAAAUAUAAAUAGAGAUCCGGGGUCAAGAAUUCAUUAACGAAAAGAUUGUAUUGAAAUUGAUUUUCUGAAUUUUGUGGAGAAUUCCCAAAUUCUUUCGGGUCUUGAACCCUAAUUCUCCCAUUUCCAUCUCCGUUUUCACGGAUUCGCCCCGCCUAUCAGUUCGCAGACCUCAGGUGGCUGACACAAAACUUGUGCAUUUUUUGCUAUGAUGGAAGAUGAGUUAGGCCCAACAAGAUGACAGCCCAUAAAACCCAAGGAAAGACCGCCGAAUUAACAUUUUUGGCCUAGAAAACGACGCCGUUUACAACUGAUUUUCUUUCUCCCUCUCUUCUUCCUUCCCCGGUUUCACACUUUCUACAGGGGUCCAAUCCAUUCCUUAAACCCUACUGCAGCGUAAAGUUAAAGCCAUACGCAAAGCCCUCGCCCAAUUCUGUGUUAACCCGACCCGUUAUGGAGGGUUCAGUAGUUGAGCUCGCCAUAGCGCAAGCGGGCCCCGCCAAACCAGAAGAAGAUGUACCUUCUUCAUCCCCAGCGGCAACUCCGGCUCCCAUCCCGGCUCAGCUCACGUCGGAGGAGCUCGUGGCUAAAGCCAUAGCUCCUGUUAAAAAGGAGUUCCUCUGCCCACCGCCAACCAGAAACGACGCCGAUACGGAGCUGCCGCCACAGACUGCUGCCCUUAUCAAAGAGAAAAAAUCUAAACGCCAACUCAAACGGGAACGCCGCCAAGAGUCAAAAUCUGCAUUGCACUUGUGUCCAGUGGUGGCGAAGAGUGGGGAGGUGGCUUCUUGUGUAUACGGUGAGAAAUGCCGGUACAGCCAUGACUUGGUUGCUUUUAAGGACCAGAAGCCGGCUGAUUUGGAGGGCAAUUGUCCUUUCAAUGGAGAAAGCCGGUGUCCUUAUGGGCUGGCUUGUAGAUUCGCCGGUACCCACCUAGCUGACGGCAUUGCAUUUGGGACACAGAAUAGUGAUCAACGGAAGACGUCCGAAGUGAAUGGAUUGAAUAAAGAUGUUCAGAAGCUUCUUUGGAAGAAUAAAAUGAAGUUCCCUAAAGCUGAUGCUACUCUGAAGCUUCUUGGCCUUACUGACAAAACGAAGAAAUUGUUGGACAGAGAAGAUGAUCAGGCAGUUGCGAACAAAUCAUGUGCUAUUGAAGAAAACGAGGGCUGCAUAGCUGGUGGCACUUGUGCUUCUGAACAUUUGGAAGAAGAUACUAAACCUGAAAAUGGUGAUGUGCCUGAAGAACUAAGGCCUGUGAAGAAGGCAAAGCCUUCGACUGAUGAAUCCUCUCGCGCUAUUGAAGUUAAUAAUGGUGCCUAUAUCAAGGAGGCAGAUAUUGAGGAAAGCUCGACAAUUAGUGAUUCAGGUGGGGGAACUCUUGCUGAUAAUGAUGUUGUUGAAAGUGAUGAAAGCCUGAAAAUACACCCACGUGAGAGAAAGCUUAUUGACUUCAGAGAUAAGCUUUAUCUUGCACCAUUGACUACAGUGGGGAAUUUACCUUUCCGGAGGGUAUGCAAAGUGCUUGGUGCUGAUGUUACUUGUGGUGAGAUGGCGAUGUGCACUAAUCUUCUUCAGGGCCAAGCUUCUGAAUGGGCACUGCUGAGGCGCCACUCCUCUGAGAACUUUUUUGGUGUUCAAAUUUGUGGGGCAUAUCCAGACACAGUUUCCAAGACAGUUGAACUUAUAGAGAAGGAAUGUUCUGUGGAUUUUAUUGAUAUUAAUAUGGGGUGCCCUAUUGACAUUGUGGUUAAUAAGGGUGCGGGGUCUGCUCUUCUAACAAAACCACUUAGGAUGAAAAGUGUCAUACAAGCAGCUUCUGGAACAGUAGAUACCCCAAUAACCGUCAAGGUACGAACUGGUUACUUUGAGGGAAGGAAUCGCGUUGAUUCUAUUAUUGAGGAUGUUGAAAGUUGGGGAGCAACAGCUGUGACUAUACAUGGUCGAACACGGCAACAACGAUACAGCAAGCUUGCUGAUUGGGAAUAUGUAUACAAGUGCAUCCAAAAGGCCCCAGAUUCGUUGCAAGUCCUUGGAAAUGGCGAUGUGUUCUCAUACGUAGACUGGAACAAGCACAAAUCUGAUUGCCCCAAACUUUCUUCUUGCAUGAUUGCUCGAGGUGCCCUAAUAAAGCCAUGGAUUUUUACUGAGAUAAAGGAACAGAGACACUGGGAUAUCAGUUCUAGUGAACGUCUGGAUAUUCUCAAAGACUAUGCACGUUUUGGUCUUCAACACUGGGGUUCUGAUUCCAAGGGAGUGGAGACAACCAGGCACUUUUUGUUGGAGUGGUUGAGUUACACUUACAGAUAUGUACCAGUUGGUCUCUUGGAUGUGGUUCCGCAAAGAAUAAAUUGGCGGCCUCCCUCGUAUUAUGGCCGUGAUGACCUUGAAACGCUGAUGGCCUCUGAUUCUGCUGCUGAUUGGAUUAGGAUAUCUGAGAUGUUACUUGGCAAGGUUCCUGCUGGCUUUACAUUUUCUCCCAAGCACAAGUCCAAUGCUUAUGACAGGGCUGAAAAUGGCUAAUUUUUUUGGAUUGCCAUAUCUGCUUUCGGAUCAUCUUUGUAACGCCAUUUUUCCUUUCUCCCAUACCACACUAAUUAUUUGAGGAUGGGUCUUGAAGGUUGAAAGGAAUUUCAGAUUUUUACAAUGUUACUAUUUUUGUUAUUAUGUUUUGAAUGGGAGAUGCCGAGCAUUCCAAUUUUGAACUAUUGAAUCUAUACAACUGUACCUAGAAUUUUAUUCUAUUUUGUGGAUGGAGACUUUAUUUGCUUCUCUUCUUUUAUUAUUUUAUUUGAAUAUACAUAGCUCAACCAUCAUUUAUGAGAUAAAUAUCGCAAAGCUGUCUUGUUUGGUUGAGACACAAUUUUCAGUUAAGCUCUAGAGAUUCCCCAGGGCUCACCACAUCACAAAGUACAAAGUACAAACAAUGAACUCCAAUGACUCAAUGAGCUACUUUUCUUAAACACAGUUCGGCUAAAAUAACUUGAAUGAAUAAGACAUUCAAGAGAAGUUUGUACGUUUUGAAGCUUAAAAAUAAGACGCGAGACAGUUGUUGUACGAAAAUUAUUUCCUGCUUCACAUACAUUUAAAACAGAGAAUGAUUGACACCAAAGCAAUGGUGACCCUUUAUCAAUCACUGGAUCCUGUAAGAGUACCCAUUCAGAGGCUUCCAAUCUGGAUUUUCACCAACAAAAAAUUUGGUCUUUUUGUAUGCGACAAACUGGAAAGAAAGUAAAAUGUGUCAACACUGAAAAAUUGGAAGCAUAUAUAUAUUGGCAAAUUCAGAGAAGACAAACUUGAAGCAAAGAAUGCCUCAGUAAACUGCCUCAAUCUGCCAACUUCGGUAACAAAACCUAAAAGAACAGACCACAAAACAGCCAAAGAAAAAUGCAAAACAUCAUCCCAGUGUUGUUUCUAACCUUAAAAAUCUGUUCUUUAAAACUCCCAAAAACAACUAAACUCUACUCAAUGUUGGUAUCUCCUUAUCAUCUACUUCCUUGUCUUCUUGAUCUCUUUUAGUUCCACUGACCCAGCCUUCAUCAAUGAACUCCAAACUUCCACUCAAUCCAUCAUCAACAAAAUCACCAACCCUUUUCACCUUACCACUUGGCAGGACAGGGUACUUCCCAGAAAAACAAGCAUAACAGUAAUUCGGCGAAUCAUUGCCAAGAAACCUCUUCAAACUAUCAAUUGGCAAAAAUGCAAGUGAAUCUGCCCCGAUGAAAUCCCUAAUCUCCUCAACACUCAUCCUAUUAGAUAUGAGUUCAUCAGCACUUGGUGUGUCCACUCCAUAAUAACAGGAAGCUAUGAUUGGUGGACUUGCAAUCCUCAUAUGGACUUCCUUCGCACCUGAUUCCUUAAUUAACCGAACAAUCUUCGAAGAAGUAGUUCCUCUAACAAUUGAAUCAUCCACAACUACUACUCUUUUCCCUUCCAAGACUGAUUUAACAGGGGAAAGCUUGAGUUUAACUCCAAAAUCCCUGAUUUUCUGUGAUGGCUCAAUAAAUGUUCUCCCAACAUAAUGUGACCUAAUCAAACCUUGUUGAAAUGGAACACCAGCUUUUUCAGCGUAACCAAGGGCAGCUACAACUCCUGAAUCAGGCACAGCUAUCACAACAUCACAAUCGACAGGGUUCUCAGUGGCAAGAAUUUCCCCGAAUGCUCUCCUGGAUUCAUAAACUGAUCUUCCAAAUACAACAGAAUUUGGUAAAGCGAAAUAAAUAUGCUCAAAAAUGCAAGACUUCUGCUCAGGAUGAGAUAAUAAACAAAGGGAGGAAACCCCAUCUUUGUCCACAACCAAAACUUCACCGGGAGCGACUUCUCUUUCGUAGGUUGCUUCGAUUAAAUCCAGAGCACAAGUCUCCGACGCGAACACGACAGCUCCGUUGCUCCUACGGCCCAUAACUAGCGGCCGGAAUCCGUACGGGUCUCGCACGGCGACCAACUUAUCCUCGGUUAAAAACACCAUUGAAUAAGCACCUUCCAGCCUUUUGCAAGCAUCAACUAUCCUCAUAAAAAAGGGCCUUUCUUUCGAGAUGGCGAUGAGGUGGAGCACAACUUCGGUAUCGGAUGUGGUGUUGAAAAUAGACCCGUUUUCUUCCAAUUCGACCCGGAGGGCUUGGUAAUUCACCAAGUUGCCAUUGUGGGCUACCCCGACAGACCCGAAUCUGUAUCCGGCGACAAAAGGCUGCACAUUUUUCAACAUGGAUGAACCGGCGGUCGAGUACCUGACGUGUCCGAUGGCCAUAUCGCCGGGGAGCUGGUCAAGCUUUGACUGAUUAAACACAUCGGAGACCAACCCGACACCGGUAAUCGAUUUCAGAACGUUGUCGUGGACGGUGACGAUGCCGGCGCCUUCUUGCCCCCUGUGUUGAAGCGCGUGGAGAGCUAAGUAACAAAGACGGGAAGCUUCCGGGUCGCCGUAGAUUCCCACCACGCCGCACUCCUCCCGAGGCUUGUCUCCUCCGUCAUCUUCGAAAGAACCCACAUCGGAAAUAGGGUUCUUGGAAGCCGCCGUCGUCAGGCAGCGCUUCUGAAUGCCUAGGUUGCAGGGUUUUCGGAGGGUUUUGGGGAAGGGUGAAAAUGAGUUGGGCUUUUCAUCAGCAACGGAUAACGGAGACAGCUUAGAGGAAGCUGAAGCAGCUGCACCGGCGGCGGCGGCGGUAGUGGUGGCGACGAAUGAGGCGGCGGCGGCCAUGGAUACAGUAAAAUAGAGGGGGAUCGAAGGUGGGGCUAUUGCUAAUAGCCAAAGGGUUACGGCUAGGUUUUUGGUCCUUUUUGUUUGUGGGAGAGAAUCCGAGCCAGGAAAGAAUCCUAAUGGAGUUAGGCUACGCUGAUGGAGGGCGCAAGAAAUUACGGUGGGAGACGCUAAUCUAUUGGUGGAUUUUGGCGGAAAAAUUUCAUUAAAAGACCAAGGUGGGGACCGAUUCCGGCUGACUAAAUUUAGUACCAGUAGUAGUGCUUGAUGAUUAUAAGUUAUUUGAUGUACAUUAAAAAGAUGAUUAUUGAAACCAGUAAUAACUUUAAU